AUGUCGUGGCACCCGCAGUACCGCAGCUCCAAGUUCCGCCACGUGUACGGCAAAGCUGCCAGCAAGGAGAAGUGCUACGACUGCGUGCCCAUCACCCGCAACGUCCAUGACAACCACUUCUGCGCCGUGAACCCCCACUUCAUUGCAGUGGUGACCGAGUGCGCGGGCGGGGGGGCCUUCCUCGUCAUCCCCAUCCACCAGACAGGCAAGCUCGACCCACAUUAUCCCAAAAUAUGCGGGCACAAAGGGAAUGUUCUGGACAUCAAGUGGAACCCAUUCAAUGACUUUGUAAUAGCUUCGUGUUCAGAAGAUGCUACAGUUAAAAUCUGGGACAUCCCUAAGCACUUGCUAACAAGAAAUAUUACCAUUCCAAAGAAGGAACUUCUGGGGCAUGUUCGAAGAGUGGGCCUCAUUGAAUGGCAUCCCACUGCUAAUAACAUCCUCUUCAGCUCUGGCUAUGACUACAAGAUAAUGAUCUGGAACCUUGACACCAAGGAGGCUGUCAUCUCAAACCCAGUGAAGAUCCUUGAUGCUCACAAAGACGUGGUCCUUUCCAUGUCAUUCAACACAGAUGGCAGUCUCCUUGCCACAGCUUGCAGAGACAGGAAGAUACGUCUGAUAGAUCCUCGUGCAGGAACAGUCUUACAGGAAGCCAGCUACAAGUCUCAUAGAGUCAAUAAAGUUUUAUUCCUUGGAAAUAUGAAAAAGCUCUUCUCUACUGGAACAUCUCGGUGGAAUAAUAGGCAAAUUGCAUUAUGGGAUCAA